UCCAUACUCUGGGCAGACAUACCUGUCCAAAGCAUGGCAAAUAUAUCAUAAACUAUGGUCAAUCGUGUAUUGGUACUUUAGAUAUCCACUUCAUUGCAGACAUGAGUACACCAAUUAUGGGGCGAGGAUGGUCUCCUUAAGCCAAGAUGUUUAUAUAUCUACAUGAUCUCAGAACCAAAUGCUUCUUCAAGCUACAAAAUCCGAACCUUCCUCGCUGUUACGUCCCAUCUGGGUUGACCUGAAGAACUCUUAUCUCUGGACUCUCCAAGAUCUCACUCAGAUGAAGACCUCCUCGCCACUGGUCACAGCUGCCCUGGUUUUGCUCCUGACGGUGGCAACGGUCCAGGGCAUCAGGCUGGAUGGGGAGACUCAUGCGGCACUGACCAACCAUGUGUUGUUCAAUAAAUCUGGGGAGGAAGGGGCAUCAGUGGCUUCAUCAGCUGAAGCGGAGGAGAGCAUUUCUGAAGAGGAAGAUAGAGCAGGACACAGGCGGCCUGAAAACGAUAUCCAUGUGGAUUACUACGGGCCGAGGGGCCAUAUCCCUAGCCACAACUGAUCACAUCUCUCCCUGUAGAAAACAGAACUCAUUCUUCUUUCCCCCCCUGGAUGAAUACUGAUCGAUCGACGAAGCAGACUGCUGCUGCUUCUAUAGCCAGCAUCAAAGAUGUUACUCAUUUAUUUAAUUCUUCUUAGUGAAGAGGGGGGAGAACACACCUGAUGUACU